AUGUCUGGUGCUUGUUUUAUUAUUUUGUUUGGUCUCAGCUUUGUGUUGUUUCCAUGCCGAGGUAAGGGCAUUCCUUUUUUUAAGCCGGUUACAGACGAGCAAGUUUUCUAUGGCAAGUUUUUAGUGUAGCAAGUUUUAUAGUUGCUCGUCUGUAUACGCAAUUUUGACAUUUUUACUGUAACAAGUACACUCGAGCUAUUAUAGCACGCUAUAGCUUUUGAACAUGUGUACUUGUCACAGUAAAAAUUAGCAAAGUGCAAAUUUUGCUCGUCUGUAUGGGUCAAAGAAAACUUUUCAAAGCAAUCUGAGCAUGCGGUUGGUCAAAGAUCUAUUGCUAUAAUGGGUGAUAAUAGCUAUCGUGGAAGUCAGAAAACCAAAAACUUGUCAUAAAAAAUUUGUUGUACGUACACACAUACACUUGGCAAGUAAAAAUUGCCAUAUAAAAACUUGUCAUAGAAAAUGUGCUUGUGCAUGGCAACACUGAUUGGCUCACACAUAAUGAGUUUCAUUGUUUUUAAUUCUUUUCAAAACUUUUACCACGGAAUUAUAGAAUUAUAGAAUAUGGUAAGCUUUUGAUAAAAAUUGAAUUUUUUUUGUUGUUUAGGACAAAUUACAUCGCCACCUGAUGGGACCAGGUUUACUUUUUUAAAUGGAUCAACUGCGAAUAUAACUUGGUUAUUUAAAGGUGAUAUUUCUAAAGUGGAUUCUCGGGUUUGGUAUCUCACAAGUAGUGAUGGUUCAAUCAAUGCAAAACGACUUCCAAGAAUAAUUGAUGACGAGAAGCCUAGAAUAUAUGAAAGUGGCUUAUCUGGAGUUGGAAUAGUAAAGCCAGCAACCUUGGUUUUAAAAAAUGUUGAUCAAACUUAUGAUGGGACAUACCGGUUUAGCCUUGUAGCACCUAACGGUGGUGCAUCUGAUGUUUACGUCUUUAUUGCAAGUAAGUUUUGAUGAAGAAAACCUCAGCAUGAGUUUAUGCUUCCACGACCAUGGCAUAGGCCAAAUACAUGCAGUAAUUGAGACAAAUGUAAAAAUGUUUACUAUUAUUUCAAAUUUUAAAAUAUUGUCUACGUGUCAGUUGAGAAAAUUUGCAAUGUUGUGUCGUGCAUUUUUCGUCCGUAUGACUAUCGUGUAUUAUUAUACCUCAACUUCAAAGUAUCCAAUCAGAAAGCUAAGUUUGUGCCACGUGCGAGCAUGGAACUUAUCAUCGAAUCGCGCCUUACCUCAUCGUAUUUGACAUAUAGCGGGUGAUUUCAAUCAUCACACGGGGUGAAUUUAGCCUUUUCCCAAAACAGAUCACAUUGCAUUCUGGGAUCGUUCGGAGGGACAAAAUUUAUGGUAACAAGCGUCAAAUAUGUGAAAGAGUAGAAGUAUCUACUAUCAAAUAUCAACUUUUUACACGACCAAAUGAAAUAUCUCCUUUUUUACAUUAAUUUAAAUGUGUGCUGCCAUAUUUCUUGUCCCUCCAACAUUGGGAUUCGCGCGACUAGACCCAGGACUUUGAGAAAUGGUUUAAGAUGGCCGACAAAAUAUACUGAGGACAUGUAAAGACGGUAAUGUAAACAAACGCUUUGUUUACAUUUUGAACUCAGUGCAACAGUUGUAAAAUAUGAUUAGAUAUAUAUUAUGCUGAAUUUUUAACACUCUUCUGGUUCGCUACGCUUGUAAAUGAAUACAGAUUAGAGAUUCGAUUCAAGAAAGUUCGGGAGGUGGAAGGUGCGAAAUAUUAUUAAUAACAUUCCAAUGGUCGGGUCCCGACCAUUGGAAUGUAGGCCUGCGCAGAACGUAUGCGCAGAACGACAGCUAUUCAAAGACAGCUAUUUUUAAAAUUAUGAAGCAAAUUUUGAAAAAUGUUAUCAAUAUUCCAAAUGAUAUGUGAUUCGAAAUGAAAGUGACAAAUACUUGCGUUAAUAGAAAAUAAAACAUUGCAUCUACGAAGGUAUGUGGCCAGUUAUAUAUUCUCGACUUGGAGGCUUUUAAUUUUCGGUAUAAUAUAUCAUUUAUUGACACUCCGCUCGGGAGAUUCGGCGAAAUAUUACCCUCAGUGAUGAUAUUUCCCUUGGGGCAAAGCUGCUUGGGAAAUAUCAUCACUUCGGGUAAUAUUUCGCCGAAUCCCCCCUUGCUGGCUCGCUCCAGGUCUAUAAAUGAUAAUUAUUCUAUUAUCCCCAAUUCCAUGGCAUUCACAUUAAGAACAUCUGCAGUGAAAAGUUUUACUAUUAUAUUGAGCUGCGCUCUCACCCUACAAAGUGACUUUCUAAAAUAAACUCUUAUGUGGUUUCAUUACAUUCAGAGAAACCAACUGUGACAGUCAAUUGUACCAGUCCUACCAAACUAAUUGAAGAUGAUGACUUCACAUGUGUAUGUAGAGGUGAAAGUGGAAACCCUCCAGCCAAUGUAACUUGGUAUAAAGAUGGCGUCCAGAUUGGUGGAACAGCGAAAGAAGAACACACUUUAACUCUCAGUAACGUUGAUAACACAGCCAGUGGAACAUAUAAAUGUGUAGCCAAGAGCCACACUCUAACGGAUGAAAAAUUAAUUGAAAUAAUUGUUUGCUGUAAGUAGAAUUGUUUGAAUUUGGUCGAUUUUGCUGUUUGAGAAUAAAGAAAAAGCAACAGUGCAAUAUCAGAAAGUACAAUGAGUCUUUUAAACAUUUUUUACAGGCGCAGUUCCACCUACAGUAGUAAGUCUUAGGUCCACUCCAGAAAACGCCGUAUAUGGUAAAUCAGUCGUAAUAACGUGUGAGGCUAUAGCUAUUCCUUUACCAAGUUAUACCAUAAUCCAUAACGGUACUGAGAUUAGUACUAACAAGACGUAUAUUAUAACUGUUCUGGAAUACACUGAUGCUGGGUCAUAUAAAUGUAUUGCAACAAGUGUACUUGGAAAUAGUUCAAAGACCUUCAGUUUGUCUGUCGCAGGUAAUUAAUAACAUCAUAUACUAGAAAUACAUAGCCUACAUGCAUAAACCCCUCGCUUUGCCAGCAAGACCACUAUAUUUUUCAAACAUGAAGUAUUUGAAGCGAUUGUCAUGGUAACACCACAGAUUAAACAAUACAUACAUUAAUACAUAUAAUAUACUUACUCUGUGCAUGUGGCAUAACAUAUACGCAACGUCAGUUUUUUAAAGCGAACAAUACGUCAGUGACAGUGUAAAAAGCAAACUUACCUUGCGAUUUCCAGCAAUCUGAUAUUUCGUAUGAAACAAAAACAAAUAAACUGUUUGUCCCAUUAAAUAAUAUUAUUUAUUUUAUUUUUAUUUAGAUAUUUUAUUUUAUUUAUUUAUUCAUUUUGUCACAUAAAUAAAAAAUAUACAUUUACAUAGAAAUAUAAAAAUAACAUGUCGUUCAAGUUUUUUUUCAAAUCCCAAUUCCACUGAUCCAGUCCUGAAAAUCGCCAUACCUUUAGAUCAGUGGGAGGUCCACCCAUGAAACAGUGACGCGCCCGCAAUCAUUGAUGAAUUUUAAACUUCGCUAAUGCUUUCCUUUUCCCGGGUGUAAAUAGCGAGCGGAAUUAGUACCUUCGCCCCGGGCUUACGCCUGGAACGGCGCGAGGCUCGGGGACAAUAAUUUCUGUGAUUGCAUCACUUGUUAAUAAGUAAUAUAUACUGUAGUCAAGCUUAAAAUGUAACUAGGCAAAUCAGAGAGCAGACUCUUAACACUGUAUAAUUUCAUUCGCAGUAACACAAACAACGAAUUCUCCAACUACGAAGAAUUUCGGAACAGGUAAAAUUCUUUUUUCGUAAUAUAAUUCGUCCCCAGGCCCAAGCCGAGCUUAUGAAUAUAAUUCACCUAUAGAAAGUAUAAUUUUUGUUUUCUGUUUAACUUUUUUGAGACACCAACAAAGUAUAUAAACUAAUUGUGUAGAAAAUAGGUAAGCCCAUAUCUGUGACUGUGUCCGUCUCAUUUUUAUUUACAGGAAAAGCAGCUUCAAAAGAAUGUAAUCUCGGUGGAACUGAAUGGUAUAUCGUUGUGGUAUCAGUAGUGUCUGGGAUUAUUAUUGGAAUACUUCUUUCCAACAUUUUCUUAUGUUCUUGUCGUAAAUUUAGAAGUAGGAGACCUCAAUCAAACCCUGAACCACAGGAAAAUGAAGUUGAUACAACUUAUCAAGAGCUUGAUCUUUCAAAAAUGAACGCAGAAGAUAAUUAUCAAUCGUUGAGAAACAGAGGACCUCAAUCAACUCCUGAACCAAAGACAACUGAAGCUGAUACAACUUAUCAAGAGCUUGAUCUUUCAAAAAUGAACACAGAAGAUAAUUAUCAAUGGUUGAGAAACACGACACCUCAAUCAAACCCUGAACCAAAGACAACUGAAGCUGAUACAACUUAUCAAGACGGCUUGAUCUUUCAAAAAUGA